GCCUGAGACGAUCCUCAGAGCUCGACUUCUUCUGCGCCCAGAUGGUGCAGAUGUAGGGCACCGUGAUUCGACUGCCAGUAGUGUUGUAGAGCGCUGCUGACUCUGUCUCGGUCCGACAAUAUCUAAAUUAUUUGGGACACCUCCCGGUGAUUGGCCACUGCUCCUCAAGAGUUUCUGAUCUAUGAAAUGGCAGAGAAUGGAAAAAACUGUGACCAGAGACGUGUAGCAAUGAACAAGGAACAAUUUAAUGGAAACUUCACAGACCCCUCUUCAGUGAAUGAAAAGAAGAGGAGGGAUAGAGAAGAAAGACAGAAUAUUGUCCUGUGGAGACAGCCACUCAUUACCUUGCAGUAUUUUUCUCUGGAAACCCUAGUAAUCUUGAAGGAAUGGACCUCAAAAUUAUGGCAUCGUCAAAGCAUUGUGGUGUCUUUUUUACUGCUGCUUGCUGUGCUUACAGCUACGUAUUAUGUUGAAGGAGCACAUCAACAGUAUGUGCAACGUAUAGAGAAACAGUUUCUUUUGUAUGCCUACUGGAUAGGCUUAGGAAUUUUGUCUUCUGUUGGGCUUGGAACAGGGCUGCACACCUUUCUGCUUUAUCUGGGUCCACAUAUAGCUUCAGUUACAUUAGCUGCUUAUGAGUGCAAUUCAGUUAAUUUCCCUGAACCACCUUAUCCUGAUCAGAUUAUUUGCCCAGAUGAAGAGGGCACUGAAGGAGCCAUUUCUUUAUGGAGCAUCAUCUCAAAAGUUAGGAUUGAGGCCUGCAUGUGGGGUAUCGGUACAGCAAUUGGAGAGCUCCCUCCAUAUUUCAUGGCCAGGGCAGCUCGCCUCUCAGGUGCUGAACCAGAUGAUGAAGAGUAUCAGGAAUUUGAAGAAAUGCUGGAACAUGCAGAGACUGCACAAGAUUUCGCCUCCCGGGCUAAACUGGCAGUUCAAAAUCUAGUACAGAAGGUUGGAUUUUUUGGAAUUUUGGCCUGUGCUUCAAUUCCAAAUCCUUUGUUUGAUCUGGCUGGAAUAACAUGUGGACACUUUCUUGUACCUUUUUGGACUUUCUUUGGUGCAACCCUGAUUGGAAAAGCAAUAAUUAAAAUGCAUAUCCAGAAAAUCUUCGUUAUCGUAACAUUCAGCAAACACAUAGUGGAGCAGAUGGUGGCUUUCAUUGGUGCUGUCCCCGGCAUAGGUCCAUCUCUGCAGAAGCCAUUCCAGGAAUACCUGGAGGCCCAGCGGCAGAAGCUUCACCACAGAAGCGAAAUGGGCACACCGCAGGGAGAAAACUGGUUGUCCUGGAUGUUUGAGAAGUUGGUUGUUGUAAUGGUGUGUUACUUCAUCCUGUCCAUCAUUAACUCCAUGGCACAAAGUUAUGCCAAACGAAUCCAGCAGCGGUUGGACCCAAAGGAGAAAACCAAAUAAGCAGGAAAAGGUUUUAACUGCAGAAAUUAACAUGGAAGGGUUCUGCCUUAAAGUGGGAGGACUCCAGAUCAGGAAGGAAAAUUCCCUUUUCCAACCUGUAUCAGUUUUUAUUUUUUUCCCCCCUGAAAGCAGUUUAGUCCACAUCUUGCACUGACAUACUUUUCCUUUGUUAAGGUAAGGUAUCCACCCUCGGUUCAAUCCAAGUUGUAUUUUAUUAGGGUGGAAUGUGAUGUUGAGCAGCAAAGUUAACAGAAACUGGCCUUCUGUUUGUUACUUUCAAAGGCCCAUGUGGUACAAUUAAAGAAUUCCAAACACCAUCCCCCAAAAAAGAAUUCCUAAGUAUGUUAAACAUUUCAAGCUUUUUACGCUUGUCAAAUAUGACUUCUUUGUUUUUCUAAGUCAUCAAAAGUGUAUAUAAAUUAUACUAGAUUGGAUAACAGUCUUGCAUGUCUAUCAUGGUAAAAUUUAAUAUGCCAUCCUGCCCAACCCUUCCUCUCCCACCUUCGAAAAAAGGCCAUUUUAUGAUGCAUUGCACACCCUCUUGGGAAACUGAUCUUUCAAUUUUGAGACAGUAUAAGGAAAAUCUUGUUGGUGUCUCACAAAUGAGCUGACACCAUUUUUUAUUCUGUAUAUUUAGAAUGAAGUCAUGAAAAAACUUUAUAAAUACAUCUUUGAUCAUUCCAAAAUUGUGUCCAUUUUCUUGAGCGUUUUUUUUUUUUUUUUUUUAACUUCCUUUUGGCUUCUACCAACUAAAUUCAGCCUUGCCAUAUCCAUCACAGCUGCAGUCUCUUAACGCCUUCAUUUAUUUGCAUGAAAGGGCCACCACCAAGGCGUUUUUUGGUUGGGUUGAAAUUGGGCAGCUGGCUACACACUGCUGAAAGGGCACCUUAGGUACUGAUGUAUGGAGGGGACUUACUGGUUUGUGAAAACAGGAGAGAUGAUAGUAUAUAAAUCAAAGGACGUGGAGAGAAAAAUAACCUGUUUUAAAAGAAAAACAAGCUUUCUCAUAGCAAUUAAUUUUUAACUCAGCACAUAUUCUGAUUUUAGCAGACAGAAAUUUACUUUUAUUUAGAACCUAAUUUUCUUUCCUUUCUUUCGUGUUUGUUCUUAUGUGAUUUUUCCUUUUGGAUGUUUCUGGUUGAACUUGGUCAUUUUAUUUUGCUCAGGGCGGGGUGGGGCGGGCAUGGUGAUAAAUAGUCUCACUUUUCUCCUUUAGGAAAGUUGGUACUGACAUUAUGUUGAGUGUAGAAUUGAGUUUAAAUCUCAACAGGCCAGAAAUGCCUGGUUUGUUUGAUCAAAUCCUGCCUGAAUGUCUGCUUGUUUUGCCUACCGUCGUGACAUCUCCAUGGCUGUACCACCUUGUCGGGUAGCUUAUCAGACUGAUGUUGACUGUUGAAUCUCAUGGCAACAGCAGUCGAUGGGCUGUCUGACAUUUUGGUAUCUUUCAUCUGACCAUCCAUAUCAAAUGUUCCCAUUCAGACAUUACCCAGCACCAUGUUUUAUGGUUAAAAGAAUUGGUCCUUAGGUCUAGUGGCACUUUGACUCUUUUAUGCCAUAAUACUGUAUCAAGAGGAUUUUAUGCAAAAUUGGGAUAGUCUGUGUGAUCAAAACUAAAUAAAGGACAAGCAACCUGUCUUGUGAGUUUUGGAACGGUUACUUCUUAACCAUCUUUUACCCCCUACCUGGAAACUUUCUAGCGGUAGUUACUUGAAAAGCGGUACCCCGACGGUUUCAAUAAACUCACAUUAACUGUUACAGUUUUUUAGAUUCUUUAGGGUUCAUGUAAGUCUCUAAGUUGGCUUCCCAUUGUCUUUCAUCACCUUCACCUGCAUUUUAUUUGGUGUUUGUCUGAAGAAAGGAAGGAGGAAAGCAAAUCCGAUUUGUACUGUUUGUACUAGAUUUUGGGAUUUGUUGAUAAAUUUAUUUUGGGGUAAAGUAUUAGAAAGCCUUGUUCCUUAGGCUGAAGGUCUAAGUGAUUAUAAUACAUUUGACUUGUGAUGGUGGCUUGUUCACUCUUGCAAAUGAAUUUGCUCGGAAAACAAAUGAAGAGCAGCUCUCCUCCUUCCCUGCGCUGCGGUUCAGGUGUGGCAUGCUCAGGUGAUCCUGCCGAAUUCCAGCUGGGGCCGCGUGCUACCCUUCUGUUCCUGCGGUUGGUUGGUUCCUUUCUUUAAUCCACCAAAGCGGACACAGACAACACGAUCCCAAAGACACGCCUAGUUAAUUCCAGCUGAUUGGAGACCAGAAAAUUUGUAAAUGGAUGGUUUGAUGUUCCUGCAAAUAAAAAAAAAGGGCCGGGAAUUCUUUUGAUUCCA